AGCAUAUGGUUACUUUCGUUUUUGAGAACUAGUAUUUAAAUUUCUUUUACUUUUCAAACGUAGCACAUCUGUAGUUGGAGCUGUGUUGUAAAAACACCAACAGUUUUGUGUUCAAGUGGAAACCUUAAAGAGAGGUGUUGGAAAAUAUGCCACAAAGCAUCCCCUUAGCUACCUUGCCUGGAAGGGUGACAAAUGCUGGGAACGGCAACCAAAGAAGUGAUGGAACAACACAAGGUGCUAACAAAAAAUGCAUCAUGGCUUCAGCGCUUGCUGUAGUUUUUAUUAUAGCUCUUAUUGUGUGUGGUAUUAUGCAUAUAAUAGGUGAGCCACUUCUGGUUACCCAGUAUUUUUGUCCUGAUGACUGGAUUGGUUUCCGAAAUAAUUGCUAUUAUUUCUCUAAAGAAGAAAAUGAUUGGAAUUCAAGUAGAAACAACUGUUCCACUCAACAUGCUUACCUAACUGCUAUUGACACUAAGGAAGAAAUGAAUUUUCUUAAACAACACAAAUGCACUUCUGAUCACUGGAUUGGGCUAACGAUGACAAAAAAUCAAACAGGACGAUGGGUAAACAAAACCAUGUUUAACAAAUGGUUUGAUGUGAAAGGAAAUGAAAAAUGUGCUUACCUCGGUGAUGAUGGUGUAGCAACAGCUAGAUGCUACACAGAACGAAAAUGGAUUUGCCGGGGGAAAAAAGGCACCAGAAGAAGCAAGGAAAGAUUUUCCCCUAAAGCAGUCUGACACCUUGAUCUGACUUCCAGUUGCCAGAAAGAUGAAGAACGAAUUGCUGUUUUAAACGAUCCAAUUUGUGAUACAUUGUUCUGGCGGUGCUAGCAAACUAAUACUCGCUAUUAUCAAGAUCAGCUUAUUUUCAUUUCUAUAUUCCAUCCGUCUUGGAUACAAACCUGAGCUAGACUAUCCCUUUAUUCUUUCAAGGUUCUUCUUUAAACCAAGGAAAAUAUAUCCUUCGGGCAUCUCAGUCCAGCCCCGUCUAGUGUUACCGAUUCAUGCCACAAAAGCGCACAAGAGCAACGCUCACCAAAUCACCCCCUAUCUGUAUUGCUAUAUCCAGCAGACUUAACUUCAGUUAAGAUCUCUCAUGUUCUCUCAAGCAGCAUUUAACGUUCAUUUCCUAUUUUCUCCUUCUUUAAAGGCUGUCUUCCAAGAAUUCUGCAACACCUUAUUCCCCGGCUAUCCCUCCUCACUCCCUGGCUUCUCUGCUCUCAGUAUACAUGUUUUGUUCCUGCCAUAGAUGUUAGCCUUCCUAUUGUUUUAGGCCUGCUCUUCUUUUGUACUCCUCCCUAGGCAAUCUCCUUUAUAUAUUUGAGAUCAAUAUCUACUCUAAAGAAUCCCAAACUUAAAUAUUCAACAAUGAAACUUCCUCUGAGUUCCAGAUUUAAUACCUAACUGCCUACCCCACUUCAAUGUCUCAAUUAUAUCUUAAUCCAAAGAUGUCUAAAAUUUAAUUUAUAAUUUACCCCGCAAAUAUGGCCUUCAUCGCUGCAUUAAAGGGAACCACCAUCCAACUAGUCGCAUAAAAACAGAAACCUGUUAUUAUCCUCAACAUUGCUUUCUUUCUCAUCUACCACUUCAGUUCACUUCUCUUUAUCUUCAAAGCAUUCAUACUAGUCCACCAUCUUUUGCCCAAUGGUGGAUGCUCUAAUACCUCAUAUUCCUUUUCCUAUACUAUAGCCAGGGUAAUGGCUUCAAAAUUCAAAACUGACCAUGUUAUUCUGCUAAUUGGCUUCCAAUUGCUAUUUAAAUGCAAGUAGAAAAACUUACAUGGCAUAUAUGACAAUUUGUAACAUUUUCCAUCCAUAUUUCACACCUAGCUUAUAUUUUCUUGAUAUCUAGUACUUCACAUCUUGACUCACUAAACUCAAAGGAUUUUUUUCACUUAUUGACGCUUUAUCUGGGCCCAUUUGGAAGGUUUCUCCUUCCUUUUUUUUAGUUAAUUCUACUCAACAGA